GAAGAGAUGGAUGACGAUGCGAGGAGGUUAGGGGAGAGGCUGUUAGGAGAAGUCGAGAGUGAGGGUCUGAGCGAGUUAUUCGCUUCAUUGCGGGAACUGUCACUCCCUCCAAACCACAUCCCAUCCAUCUUCGGAAUCCCCAAACUCGACGCCCUCCUCUCUCAACCGCAACAACACAGACUCCCUCCUCCAAACCCAGCACCACCAACAUCCUCACCGCACCAUCAUCAGCCCGGACAGGAAAUCAACCCACAACCCUCCUCACCUCCCCGACAUCCAACCAGCACCACCCAACCUCACCCCCUAACAAUCGACCUCAUCUCCCCACCCUACUCAACCCAUCCCUCAGGCAGCGGAAAAUCAACCCUAACCUCCCUCCUAAUCAUCUACGCCAUCCUCCCGCAAUCCCUCCUCGGCGUCCCUCUGAACGGCACCGCAAGCACGAUCAUCCUCUUCGACCCCCUCUCCCGUUUCCACACCCCCCGCCUCACCCAAUUCCUCCUGCACCACCUCACCACCGUCCUCUCCUCCCACAAUCACUCCCCCAACGCUCCACACGUCCGGAAAGAGAUCUUACAAUGCAUACGUACCGCACUAUCACGUGUGCUUAUCUUCCGACCCGCAGGAUGGACAGCGCUCCUAGCGACCCUAACCUCUUUAUCAUCGUCGCUGCUCGCCACCAACGACUCCCAAAGAGUAUUGCUAUCCUCGAACAGUAAGAUUCACGCAGUCAUCUUCGAAGACGUGCAUGCUUUCACGCCGCAUAUUCGCGCUGCAUCUAUACCUUCUGUAUCGGCGAAUCCUUCUCCGCUGGCCCUCCUUGCACCGUAUAUACGUACCUUGCAUGAGACGUUACGUCCUGAGGUGGUGGUGCUGACGUCGCUGUCUCCUACCCCGAUCUCGUCGAUACAGCAUGGUGGUGCGGUGGGGGCGAGUGUGAGUGGGGUGGCGGUUACGCGGGUUGCGGUGAGGAGGGUGGAAGUUACGAGGUUUGCGCCUGGGGUUAGUGUUGAGGAGGCCGAGGGGGAGAGGGGGAUGAGGUGGGAGGUUGUUAAAAGGGGGAGGUUUGAGGUUUGGAGGGUUGGUGGGAGUGGUGCUGCUGGAGAGGUGGUGCGGUUUAGGAUUGAGGGGACGGGGAAUGUGUGGUUUGAAGGGGAUGAUGGGGUGACGAAUGGAUGAGAGUGUGGGAUUGGGGAAGCGGAUAUCAGUCUUUUCUCCUUUCUUAUUUCCCUUCUUUCUCCUGCAGUUGUUGAGGAGGGGGAAAUAGUGUCUAGAUACCCAAUCAGAUUUUUUCUUUUGCUUCCAGUGAGUUUUCAUAUGGUUGUUUUGUAACAUGAUAUAUGAUACAGUAUUGAACAAGGCGUAGUAAACAAAGAAUAUGUA